AUGUCCUAUCCCCCACCUCCAGGUCUCAACAACUCCUCCUCGCACUCUCCACAUCCAUCACUCCCCGCGCGUCCGCCGCCCUCAAGCAUCCCUCCUCGACCGACACCACCAGCAUACAAUGCCGCUACCUCACGAGCCCCUUCGUCAUCGUCAUCUUCAUCUUCCUAUCCCGCUGCUACUCCUGCCUUCGCCGGUUUCGCCCCUAGACGCGUGCAGGUAGCCGCGCCGCCACAGUCCUACAAUUCAUAUCAAGCACAGCCGCCAUACCAGCCUCCGCAACCAGCAUAUGGGGGAUACGCCGCGCCUCAACAAGAUUAUGGUGCCGCGCCCCAGAUCCGGAAUCCCUUCGCCCCACCCUCGGCCGCUGGAGGGGCCCGAAGUUACGAUGAUGAUCCUGAUAUGGCCGCUCAAAUCGCACAGUGGCAGUCGGCAUACGCCGCUCGAGAUACAACCACGCCGACCGGCACGUCAGGGUACACGGGGCCGGUGCGGCGGUAUCCAAACACCGGGGAAGGUGCUGGAGCAGCUACGUCCGCAAAUGCAGCACCACUGGGAGCUGGACCACCGGAGAAGACCGGGCCAUCCAUGAGCUCCGCGGCCAUGAGCAGCGCCGCGCACGUCGACUCGGAUGUUGCAAACAUCGUGUCCGAUUCUAAAGACCCCUCACAGAAGACCGUCGUCCGCUCAGGCGGCGGCUCAACCUGGACAGAUUCCUCCCUUCUAGAAUGGGACCCGGCACAUUUCCGCCUCUUCGUCGGUAAUCUUGCAGGUGAAGUCACCGACGAAUCCCUCUACAAAGCUUUCUCCCGGUGGCCAUCGAUCCAGAAGGCGCGUGUGAUACGCGACAAGCGGACGACGAAGAGCAAGGGGUAUGGAUUUGUUAGUUUUAGCGACGGCGAGGAGUUCUUUGCGGCCGCGAGGGAGAUGCAGGGGAAGUAUAUAGGGAGUCAUCCCGUGCUGUUGAGGAGGAGCACUACGGAGAUUAAGGCUGUUAGGCCUAAGGAUGCGAAGCAUGGGAAGCAUGGGAAGAACCAGAAAGGUGGAGGGAACAAGGGGAAAGGAGGGGAAUCGGAUAGGGAUAGGACGGGGGCUGGUGUACACAAGGCGGGUAGCAAGACGAAGGGUGGUUUGAAGGUAUUGGGUUAG